CCACCGAGUGAGAAUGAAGACGUACUGCUUCUGAACCCCGUCAAGCCCCUAGGAGGUAGCCAAGUUGGAGAAGCACUUGAUGCUUCUCCGCAAAGAAUAUGUCAAGCUGCAGAACAAAUUGGCUGAGACCGAGAAGAGAUGCACUUUGUUGGCUGCACAAGCUGACAAGGAAAACAGCAGCGAGUCCUUCAUCAGCCGGCUGCUGACGUUCGUGGCCGACCUCUGUGAGCAGGAGCAGUAUAGUGAUCUGAAGAUAAAGGUUGGGGGCAGACACAUCAAUGCUCACAAGUUUGUCCUGGCAGCCCGCAGUGAGAGCUGGAGUCUGGCCAACUUGUCUUCCGUGCAGGAGCUGGACCUGUCAGAUGCUAACCCGGAGGUGACAAUGACAAUGCUGCGCUGGAUCUAUACGGACGAGUUGGAGCUCCGGGAAGAUGAUGUGUUCCUGACGGAACUGAUGAAGCUAGCUAAUCGGUUUCAGCUCCAGCUCCUUAGGGAGAGGUGUGAGAAGGGCGUUAUGUCGCUGGUGAACGUUAGGAACUGUAUCCGCUUCUACCAGACAGCGGAGGAGUUGAACGCCGGCACACUGAUGAACUACUGUGCAGAAAUCAUCGCCAGUCAUUGGGAUGACUUGCGGAAGGAGGACUUCAGCAGCAUGAGUGCCCAGUUGUUAUACAAAAUGAUCAAAUCCAAGACUGAGUACCCUCUGCAUAAAGCGAUUAAAGUGGAGAGGGAUGAUGUCGUCUUCCUGUAUCUGAUUGAAAUGGAUUCACAGCUCCCUGGGAAGUUGAAUGAAGUGGACCAGAACGGCGAUCUUGCCUUAGACCUAGCCCUCUCUCGGCGGCUAGAGAGCAUAGCCACCACUCUGGUUAGCCACAAAGCUGAUGUGGACAUGGUAGACAAGAAUGGUUGGAGCUUGUUACACAAAGGAAUCCAAAGAGGCGAUCUCUUUGCUGCCACUUUCCUCAUCAAGAACGGGGCUCUUGUCAAUGCUGCUACGCUGGGCGCCCAGGAGACGCCGUUGCAUCUUGUGGCCUUGUACAGUGCCAAGAAGCACACGGCGGCAGAUGGCACGUCCGAGAUGGCGCAGAUUGCAGAGGCCCUCCUGCAAGCCGGUGCCAACCCCAACAUGCAGGACAGCAAGGGCAGGACGCCCUUACACUUGUCCAUCACGGCUCGGAACGAACCGGUGUUCAACCAGUUGCUGCCGUGCAAACAAUUGGACUUGGAGCUGAAGGACCACGAGGGCAGCACGGCCCUGUGGCUUGCGGUGCAGUAUAUCACCGUGUCUGCCGACCACUCCGUGAACCCCUUCGAAGACGCCCCCGUCGUCAACGGAACUUCCUUCGACGAGAACAGCUUUGCAGCCCGGCUCAUCCAGCGAGGCAGCAACACGGACGCGCCGGACGCGCUGACAGGAAAUUGCCUACUACAGCGAGCAGCAGGGGCAGGAAACGAGGCGGCAGCUCUAUUCCUGGCCUCCAAUGGGGCCCACGUCAACCACAGGAACAAGUGGGGAGAGACCCCACUGCACACAGCCUGCCGGCACGGUCUGGCCAACCUCACUGCAGAGCUCCUCCAGCAAGGUGCCAACCCAAACCUGCAGACGGAGGAGGCGCUGCCUUUGCCGAAGGAGGCGGCCAGCUCGGCAGCCAGUGUCUAUCUGCAGACGCCCCUGCACGUGGCCAUUGCGAACAACCACCCAGAUGUGGUGUCCGUCAUCCUGGAGCAGAAGGCCAAUGCUCUUCAUGCCACCAACAACUUACAGAUUAUUCCGGACUUCAGCCUUAAGGAUUCCUGGGACCAGACUGUCCUGGGCCUGGCAUUAUGGACUGGCAUGCACACGAUCGCAGCCCAGCUCCUGGGCUCCGGGGCUUCCAUCAAUGACACCAUGUCGGACGGGCAGACCUUGCUGCACAUGGCCAUACAGCGGCAGGACAGCAAGAGCGCGCUCUUCCUCCUGGAGCACCAGGCGGACAUCAACGUCAGCAGGACUCGGGAUGGGGAGACAGCCCUCCAGCUGGCCAUCAGAAAUCAGCUUCCACUCGUAGUGGACGCCAUAUGCACCCGGGGAGCUGACAUGUCCGUGCCGGAUGAGAAGGGGAAUCCCCCACUGUGGCUGGCGUUGGCAAAUAAUCUGGAGGACAUCGCGUCCACUCUGGUCAGACAUGGCUGCGAUGCCACAUGUUGGGGCCCGGGGCCUGGUGGGUGCCUGCAGACCCUCCUGCACAGAGCCAUCGAUGAGAACAACCAGGCCACCACCUGCUUCCUCAUUCGCAGUGGCUGCGAUGUGAACAGCCCCCGGAAACCAGGUGCCAACGGAGAAGGAGAAGAAGAAGCGAGAGCUGGGCAGACCCCCCUGCAUUUGGCAGCCUCCUGGGGACUGGAAGAGACCGUACAGUGCCUUCUGGAGUUUGGUGCCAAUGUAAAUGCCCAGGAUGCAGAAGGGAGAACGCCAGUCCACGUGGCCAUCAGCAGCCAACACAAUGUCAUCAUUCAACUGCUGAUUUCACACCCGGACAUCCACUUGAGUGUCCGAGACAGACAAGGGCUGACCCCUUUUGCCUGCGCCAUGACGUACAAGAACAACAAGGCGGCCGAGGCCAUUCUGAAGCGAGAGCCUGGAGCUGCUGAGCAGGUGGAUAACAAGGGCCGGAAUUUUCUCCACGUGGCAGUUCAGAACUCUGACAUUGAAAGUGUCCUGUUCCUGAUCAGUGUCCAGGCUAAUGUGAAUUCCAGAGUCCAGGACUCUUCCAAGCUGACACCACUGCACCUCGCUGUCCAAGCCGGCUCCGAGAUUAUCGUCCGCAACUUGCUUCUUGCAGGAGCCAAGGUGAAUGAAUUAACCAAGCACCGGCAGACCGCCCUCCAUCUCGCUGCGCAGCAGAACCUGCCCACCAUCUGCUCGGUCCUGCUGGAGAAUGAAGUGGACUUUGCCGCUGUGGAUGAGAACGGCAAUAAUGCUCUGCACCUCGCUGUCGUGCACGGCCGGCUCAACAACAUCCGGGUCCUCCUGACAGAGUGCAACGUGGACGCCGAGGCCUUCAACCUCAGGGGCCAGUCGCCACUGCACAUCUUGGGGCAAUACGGCAAAGAGAACGCGGCCGCCAUCUUUGAGCUCUUCUUGGAGUGCAUGCCCGAGUACCCGCUCGAUAAGCCAGACUCGGAAGGAAACACAGCGCUGCUCUUGGCGUACAUCAAGGGCAAUGCCAACUUAUGCCGGGCCAUCGUCCGAGCUGGGGCACGCCUCGGAGUGAACAACAACCAGGGGGUCAACAUCUUCAACUACCAGGUGGCCACCAAGCAGCUGCUCUUCAGACUGCUGGACAUGCUGUCCAAGGAACCGCCGUGGUGCGACGGCUCCAACUGCUACGAGUGCGCCGCCAAGUUUGGAGUCACAACGCGCAAACACCACUGCCGGCACUGCGGCCGCCUUCUGUGCCACAAGUGCUCCACCAAGGAGAUCCCCAUCAUCAAGUUCGACCUGAACAAGCCUGUGCGCGUCUGCAACAUCUGCUUUGACGUGCUGACUCUGGGUGGGGUCUCGUAGUGAGCCAGGACAGCCCAGCCUGCCACAUCUCUCCCCACAGCUGCUCUGCUCCCCAGCUCGUCUUCCCCGAGCCAGAGCUGGGGCUGUCUUCCUCGGACUGGGCCAACCGCGGACCACGUGUGAUCGAUCCCACUCAGAUAACCCCAGUGACUGUCAGUGUGCCGGAUGUCAUCGAUGUCGCGCGCUGGACCUGACCCUCUCGCCCGUGUAGUAGCUGAGAGGACCCCGGCCCACUCUGCUAGCCUGGGUGAAGACGCUUCUAAGGCCUCUCCCCUCUCCAGGGUCUUCCCAGCCCGACCCCUACGCGGCGAGGGCCAGCUGCCCUGGGGACAGGCCGGCGGCUGUGGGGUUUCUGCAGUGUCUUCAUGCAGACUAUAGGAUUCUCUUGCUCCGAAUGCUUUGUUUUGUUUUUGUUGGUUUGUUUUAAGCUAAGCUGUGUUUUAGUGAGCUAUCCCUUUGAAAAGGGCGAAAUCUUUCUACACAGGGUUCAAAGAUGAGAGCUGAAACAUUGUGGCCUUAACACCCGAAAGCUUUACUGGCGUUCCCUCUCCCGAGGUGAGGUGGCCCUGGGGGCCCUCGGCCCCUCCGCACAAGGCGCUAGAGACGUUGCACUUUGACUGUGCUGCACUUUUCACACGGGGGCGAUGAUUGAGAAAGGCCCCGCGAGACCCGCCCUCCCGUGUCCUGGUCCCUGCGCUUCUGAGGGACAGCUCGGGCUGGACCGUGCUCCCCCGAGGCGCACAGGGCAGGCUCACCCCGCCACCUGCCCAUGGAGGCAGCACCGCGACAGGACUGCAGCCGCCACCGCGCGCCUCCCCCACCAGAGAGCCGCCUGCUGGAACCUUCCCCGUUGGGCUGUGAGCACUGAGGGCCCAGCUCCUGGCAUCGUGCUCUGCCACACGGGGCCGCCCUGCUUUGGAAGAUUCUGGCACGAGUGCCAACUGGGGCUCCUGCGCUGGUCCUCAGUCACGGCUAACGUGGACUGACCCUGAGGUGUUAAACUCCUUUUCUUUGGAAGGGUUGGCCAGUUUUUGUUCUUCAGUGCACGUUUGAAGAGAAAGGUCUACUCCGGCUUUAAAAACAAAACACCCUCCCUGCCCUGAGAUCCUGAGGCGACGGAGCACGAGUGGGGUGGCCUGACUGACGCUGACCGCCGCAGUCACCACACACUGGCUUUCAGACAACCACUACGUUGUUUUGGCAUUACUGACAUAUGGGUGGAAGCGUUGGAGGGACUAAGUGGGUUUUUGUUUUGUUCUUUGCAGCAGCCUGCAGUUUCUGUUGGCUUUGUUUCCUUUGGGGAGCAUGGUGUGCCCGCUGUAUUGCUGUAGAUUCACACGUUCCACUGCCCAAAGUGCACGUGUGAGAUGAGCUGGUGAAUCAGAGUGCUGCCUUUCAGACAGAGGAGUUCUGUGCUUCAUAAGAUGUAUACGCAGUCUGUGUUAAUAUGAGCUGUGCACAAUGUCGAAGAGGAAAAUACUAAUUAGAAGAGGUCCCCGACCCCCCUCUAAAUCUGUGACUUAUUUCAUAGAAGUUUUUCUGUUUUCCAUAGAAGUUUUUACGGAGAAACUCACCUACUAACCAAACCUGUAACCAGGGCCCCUGUGAGGCAUAGGGUCUGGCCUGGGGCAGCCACGGGGAAGCAGGGAAGGUAAUUCUGUUGUAGCUGUGAAGUCAGGCGGCUGGUCGAUUUAUAUCGUUGUGUGCAUGUUCAGGGGAAAAUGGUAGUCCAUCAGGGUGGAGGCAGCUCAGCCUGCCUGCUCCCUACCACACCCAUCUCAUAGGGGUCUUGCCUGUAACUGCCCUUGAAGUCCCGAGGGUCAUGUUCAAAAUACUGAGCCAAGCCUCUUUCCCCCCCAGAGUAUAGGUUGCGGCUAUGUCCUGAGCAGCCCCAUACUGGGGGGAUUGCUCUGCGUCUGCAUGGGUUCAGGGUACAUUCCUGUAGAUAGAUCCGGAGAGCAUCUUUCCACCUGCCCGACCACGCCGAAGCUCAUGGGGCACAUCCCGGAGGUUGCCCAGUGGAGGCUGCCCCCCCACUAGUCACCGCCGGCCAAGGCCACGCUGCUCUCCAUGCUCUGUCCACAAAACUGCCCAACUGCCCUCCUCCCAUUUUCGUCGUUUUCGUCAGCAGCCUAGUACCGGUAGCAAACACUGGUCGCCAUUUCCUUCCUUCAGAAAGGAGUCACCUGGGAAUGAGCUGCACAGGAAGAAUGCUGAGCGCUGGCGGCGGCAUCAGCCGGCACUGUCCUGGUCUCCCGGCUCCCUCACCGACUCCCCCUCACCACCAGGGGUGCAAGUAGACCAGGCCGGCUCUCCUAGCCUGCAUUGGUUUUCAAAGAGGAAGGUACAGGAGUGCUGUGGACAGAUGGAAUGGCUUACACCAAUUCGUCCUCCCCGUUCUUCCAACACAGGGGUCUCCCCCAAACUGAAGUGCCUACCCUCGGACGUGCUCUCAGUUCUUUCUAGUGGUGUCUUGCAGAGCAGCGGAUCAGGACCGGGUUUCAAUGCAAUGCCCUCCACCCCCACCCCAACACGCACGCACGCACCAGUGGUGCGUGGCCUUGAGGCCGGCCUCGGUGGUUGAGUUCACUUGCCAUGUCCUCUACCCACAGGAUCCCCAAGACCUUGAAUCCUCUACCUCAGAGCCCCAAGCCUCUCAGCUCCCCGGCUAGGGCCCUGCAUGAGCUCAGUGUGCCUGCGGUCUCACCGCGCACCCCAUCUCAUGUCCACACCUGUCGUGUUGACCGUUGUUGUGUCAGCCUUGUCUGUAGGCAUGGGGUGGAGGGGGAGUGCAGAGAGGGGAGGCAGCAGAGCCGGGACCUCCAUCUAGGUGGCUUGUAUCUGGAGGAAAGGGAAGCUUGGCGCCUGAAAGGCAGACUACCUGACUCGCUGACAGUAAUGGUAACAAGUACAUCGGGGGCCUCCCUCGGCUCGCAGGUCCAGGGAGUGCCUGAAAGAAGCGUCCUUCUGGAGUCUGUGAUUGCUUCCCUCCGGAACAACAAGUCCGGAAGAACUGGGCCCGGGCCUGACGUGUCCAGCCCCUCCGAGCCUGGAGCCCCAGGAGAGAAAAGGGAAGCAGAUGGGGAGCCGCUCUCUAAAAGGGAUCAGGAAGCUGCACCCUUGCUUCGUGGAAGUAAUUUCGUGAAUAGCUGAUUGCGUGACAAGAUAUUAACAAAUUGCUCUCUCGUACGAAAACGCCCAGACCGUUUCCUGUAUGCCUUAAAGACUUCGGAAGAUCAUUGCCGGAAUAGUUCCAUAUUCCUGUGGCAUAAACGAAUCCUGAACCUGUUACAGCUGACAAGGCACUUUCUGUCGCCGGGGAGUCUUGAUGGGGCUUGCCGUGGCUCCAGGACUCGCCCUGCAGCUGUCCGCAUGACAUUCCUGCUUGUGCUCUGUGGUACCACUGGGGAGGCAGGGGCUGGGCUGAGGCUGGGCAGGCACGCGGGCGGGGCCAUCACCGAGGCUCCCAGCCCGCUCUGAGUUGGUGCCCAGAGUGGGGUAUUGUCUCUCUGGAGUCCUUGUAAUGGAAUGUAUUUUUCAAACAAUUGAUAAUUGCAAUUUCUGUAACAAGUCCUUAUAAUAAAAUGUAAUAAAAUAUAAUAAAAUGGGGUAAAAUUGUG